AUCACUAAUACUUAACCUAGCUUCUUUUAUUAUCUAGGUUAGUUAACUAACAUAAACUUGAUUUGAAUAGGUAUAUUUUUAAGCGAAGGGUUGAUUUGGGCUUAGCUGUUAUUUAUAUGAUUGGUAUUUUAGUAGCGGAGAGUCGUCUCCGGUCGGCAUUUAUUAGUCGACCGGCUGCUUCCGCCUGGUCUAGAGCAACUCGAAGAUGUCAAAGAGGAUCCGGGAAUUAGGAACGGACACUAUGCACGAAAUUCUCCAAGAGGGAGCCGCGUGGCAAAACCAAAAUCCCAUAUGUCCCAACAUGGGAAUCUUCAAGAUGUCGCUCUCCUUUGGAGGUCUUUUCCCGUCUUUCCCAUCUAAUUUGGUUUCCUUCUAUUUAUACGGCCGGCUUUCCGUGGCCCUUCUAUGCUGCUAUGCCUUUCGCUCUCUUUUCCUAGCCACCAUCAAACCAUGGCAGCGGCACCAUCGCUGAACUCGUUACCAUACGAGGUACGCCAGACGAUUUAUUCUCUUGUGGCGCGGCAAACUAACUCUAACGACUGGCGAAAAGGGCCAGUCUCGACUAUUGCGCAUUAUGCAACGGUAUCCAGAGAAUGGCAAGAGGAAUUUGUCGAGCCUAUUACCUUCAAGGCCAUACGUGUGACUCCGAGACGGCUCAAGUCCUUUUGCCAGAUCGUAACCUCACCGCGGCGCAGGGCAAUUGUCCAGACUAUCUGCUUCCAUGUUUCCCUCGACAAGUAUGACUCUCGCCUUGAUGGCGAGCCGGAAACACCGGCAGAGCGACGGCGAAGCACCGAGAUCUUGACCAUGGCCCUUGGGACUUUCUUUCGGGCAAUGACCCAAUGGCAGAAGAGUGAUACCUCUCCCCUCGGUCUGGACCUUCAUCUUCGUGUCGACUCACCUAGUGAUGCGUCGUCCUUGGCCAGUAGGAAUGGGGGAGCACUCGUGACGGGGCGAGCUCUAACAUCGUGUCUGGAACUUGACCUCGACGUCGUAUCAUUACCACACAUUGACGUCUUUGGCGGGUUUCGAUGCACCGGGAGGCACCUACAACCGACAUCUAUACUAUUUAUUGUGUCUAGACUUCAGACACUGGAAUAUCUUGAUGUCGAACUCAAUCAUGACUCAACACGCAACCGAGAUGUCAAACAGAGAAAUAGCUUUGCUUUGGGCCUCCAGAAUUCCGAAACAAUUCGAGUUCUCUGUCUACGCCGCCCCAGCCCGAUGCUAACGCCAGUUUACGCACCCCCAAAACAGCCGUGGUCGGCCUUUUAUGACCACAUGCGGACGUUCAGUCAGCAAUGCGAAUCUUUCGAAUUCGACGAUUGCAUCGACGCUGUCCAAUUCUUUACACCAUUCCUCCUUGGGUCGGGCAUAGCAGAGCCGCCUAAGGGCCAAGAGGCGCCCUUCUUCCCGCGGUUGAAAAGGCUUAACGUCCGCAACUCGUACAUGAUGAAGUCACCAUAUUUGCGUGUCACGAAUAGGGUUGAAGCCUUAGCGUCCGUCCGUAACCUUCUCGCAGCCAUCGGGCGGGCGACCCGCCGUAUGCCAGCACUGCUGUUCGUUCGCGUCUGCCAAUACGUCCUUACUGAUGCACGGUUGGAAUGGUUCGUCCUUAUAUAUGAAUACCAUGCCGAUAAAGUUGUGAUGCGCACCAAGGGUUUCAGACCAGGGAAACUGAUAGCCAAUGCUUGGAGGGAGUCGGCUGCUGAAAAAGGCACCAAGCUUAUAAUUCACCAUGAGAAGGACGAUCUUAAUACGCCCGAGCUCUGAAUCAUUUAGGCCGUCAGGGGUAGUUCAUUUUUCAAUUUUGGAGCAGCGAGGAGUUGGUUGAUAGGGAGGUAUAUUGUAUGUCAAAUUUCACGUGUCGGUAGAAUUAUAUUGUUGAAUAUAGGUAAAUACGAAGGAAAACGAAUCGCGAUAUAUUUUAUUUUCCCAUCAGGUACAACCUAAGUCGAUGUUAGCUAUGCAUUUGCAUGGUGGUAAAGAAGAUCAAAUAGUUUCAUGUGUUCUCGUGAAUUUAUUUCGUACGAAAAGAAAUAUUGCUUGUUAGAAAUAUGAGAUAUACUAGAGUAGAGCCUCCUCGUGUUAAUACUCGUCGUCAUGAUAUGCUACGGGCUGGGCUAGCCGAUUGUAAAGGCCGAAAAUCAAUUGACGACCGGCUGACGUGUGUAUCUUCUGUAUAAAAGAGAUUAUUUCGGCUUUAGUUAAGACCUAUUAAAGUAAGU